ACAAACUGAUCUAUCAUUUCUUUGUUCAGAAAGGAAAGUGACAAAGGGGUCAUGAUCCAGGGGUGGUUGAUUUAAUUAAUCACAGUUUGGGUUUUGAUCCCCGUGUGUUGUGUAUUCUUUCUUGUUCCCUUCUUCUAUCAAUCCAAUUCAUCGUCCGAUCCAUAAAAAAAUGACGCAUUCUCCGAAGACCGACUUGUCUUUCAAGUGUUUUGUGGAACAAAAUCUUCCAAAAUGGGCAAACAUGGUCAUUUAUGCAAUGCUAGAAUGGGUGAUGAUCGUUUUGAUCUUCAUCGACGGAUUUCUGGCACUCUUAUCCGACGAAUUUGCGAAGUUUUUCGAGCUUAACAUUCCAUGCUUGCUGUGUACGAGGAUAGAUUAUGUCCUGUCUCGUAGCAGGUGCUCGUCUUCUUCACCGAACUACAAUGAAUCAAUGUGUGAAGCUCACAAGAAAGACAUUUCGUCCCUUGUAUAUUGCCACCUCCAUAGUAAGCUUUCCGACAUAAAGCGUAUGUGUGACACGUGUCUUCUUUCCUACGCAACCGAGAAGGAAGGUUCUGAAUGUGACAACAGGUACAAAUCUCUGUUGGGGAUCAUUCUGCAGAAUAAGCAGAACCAGGAGGGUGAUGAGAGAUUUACAAAGAAGAAGACAUUUGAUAAUAGAAACAAGGACGAGGAAGAGGAGGAGAAGGAGGUUGAGAUGUGGUGUUUGUGUUGUGGGGAGCUUGUUAGGAGGAGGAGGGGAGAUAACAACAAUAGUAAAUAUUAUAGGAGAAGUGGGUCAUUGAACAAUGCCAUUGCCCCCGCUCCGUCCCCUCGGGCCUGGAGACAGCUUGAGCGGGUGCGUAGCAUUGUUGAAUCACCACGCAUUCGUUUCAAUGAGCUCAAGAUGGUUCCUGAUCAUGACUCCGAUAUUCCAGACGAGGAUUAUGUUACUAAUGGCGGAGGAGGUAGAGAUGAUUCUAAUAAGUUAUCUGGAGUCCAAGAAGAUGCUUGUAAGACCCCGAGUUUUAUUCGAGGAAACAAGUUUUUCGGUAUCCCAUUGACGGAUUCAGCUCAAGCGAGCCCAAGGUUGUCUAGGCUUCCAAUGGAUGUCAUUCUUUCAUUAUCAUCAUCAGAUCCUACAGAUAGCACUGAAGUUGCAGGAGAUGGGGACAUCCUUGGACGUUUAAAGAAGCAGGUACGUUUGGACCGCAAAUCUCUCGUGGCAUUGUACAUGGAACUGGAUGAGGAAAGAAACGCUUCUGCCAUCGCUGCAAACAACGCGAUGGCAAUGAUAACUCGGCUGCAAGAUGAGAAGGCUGCCCUCCAAAUGGAGGCAUUGCAGUACCAGAGAAUGAUGGAGGAGGAGGUGGAGUUUGACCAAGAGGAAGUAGAGCUGAUGAAGGAAAUGCUUGCAAAGCAAGAGGAGGAUAUGAAGGCAUUGGAGGAUGAGCUUGACGCUUAUAGGCUUAAAUUUGGACCUUUAGAUGAUCAGAGAGAUGAAAAUGAUGCAUAUGUAGAAGAAGGGGAGGACUUUGAAAUCCAUGGCGAUGAAGAAUAUCAAGAACUGAUGAGGUCCCACUACUUACCAUCAUCUGUUGAUGUGUCAGAAUGUGUCAGCCCUCAUGAAGAACCAUCAGCAACAAGGUAUGAUCAUUUUGAACCAGCACCCUCCAUUGAUGGGAACAAUAAUAAUAUGGAGGAAUUAACUAUUGUCCAUCAAGGAAACUCUCAUAUUUCAAGCCCAUCUAAUGUUGGUUCAGAUGAAACACAUUUGUUAUUAGAGGAGCCUAAUGGUGCUAAUAAUAUGGAUGCAUGAGUCAUGAUGAUGAAAGCAUACAUUCAUAUAAGGGUAAGUCAUACACAAAUUGUUCUAAAUAAGAGUAAAAGCACGUAAUACGAUAUUUCAAAAUAGGACCGUUAUAUUUCACUCCCAAAUUGAGUAUUUCAUGUCAUGCUUAGAAUAUACUAUCAAUUAUGGCAUUAAUAUGACAGUCAUAUUAAUGUCGAGUAGUGACAAUAUGAUUUCAACAGUAAUCUACUCCUGUUUACGGGGGAAUAUAUUACUCAUAUUUUGAAGUAUCACAAUAUUUUCACUCUUAUUUUGGGAAAGUUCCUUUCAUAUAAUAAUGAAGUUUAUGUGUUGAUUGAUUUCUUAUAUUCAAUUUAUACAGGGAGUGAUGAGGCAGCUUACUAUUCCAGUAGAUGAUCACUAGGUUGUAUAUAUACCAACAUGCAGCGACAUGAAUCUUCAUGGUCUUCUGUUCUUUUCAUAAGGAGCCCUGAAAUUAAACAAAAAAUAGUAACUCAUGAGAACUAAUAUUAUGUCGAUUGAUGUCUAGAGCAGUACUUUAAAUAUACAUGUAUAUAUGUAGUGGAAAAAAAAUCACAGAAAAAUAUACAUAGUAAUUUAUACUAGUUGUAACAAAAGUAUGACUUUUAGUACAAAAGUUGUAACUUCACAUAGGC